AGGGAGGAUAAAUAGAUCGCAAUUUCUCAAGCUUUCGAUUCCUCUUGUUGCGUGAUUUGAUGACCAGGUGAUGCUAAUUCUGGCUAGAAAUGCGCAUGCAUUAAUUUGGGUGAUAUCUGAGCUUUUUCCCACGCCGACCUCGUUCUCUUUGGCGAGUUGUGUGUGAGCUUUUUUUGUUUUUUUGUUUUUUUUGUGUGCAGGAUGUGGCGAAUUCUGUUCGGCGAAUUACUGAUCGCGUGAUGUUGUGAUAGUUCGUGGUGGUUGAGGUCGUUGCGAUAUGGGAAUCGAGAGAUACGCAAGAUUUUCCCUUGUGGGUUGUGAGGUUCUGGUGAAGUUGCCUCUGUAGACUGACUACACGAGGGGUUGUCAGUGGCAUUGACUCGACAUGGGGGAUGUACAUGAGUGUUUCUCCAGAUUGCGGAUGAGUGCCUGCCAUUCUCCUCCAUUGUGAGCGUGGGGGUGCUAUCCUAGGGUUUUUGAUUGUGUAGGGGUGCUGCUAUUUGGCUUUUUUUUUUUUUUUUUUUUUUUUUUUUUUUCUUCCCUCCUCCUUCUGGGUACCGAUGUGGGUUGUUGCACGGAGGAACGCGUGGAUUUUUUUUUGAGUCGCAUACCAUCCAUGACCAAGCAGCGGGAGCUGCUGUCGGUGUCGACUUUACCGAGGAAAGCGCUCAAAUGAAAUUGGAUUUUAGUAUUUUGGGAAUAGUGUUUGCGACUUGCGACGAGUUUGAAAAACAGAGAGGGGGCGACGGGGUGCAUGCUCUGAUUGAGGUGGGAGAAGUGAUUGCCUUCGCUUCUCUAAGCUCUUUGAGAUAUGGAAACUCUUACCGCCACUUGGAAUUCGUUAUUCGUUUUGAUUUGUAAAUUCAGUUGGUUAUGGCAUUGAUUCUGAGAGAAGGGUUUGAGGUAGAAGCUCUCCUGAUAAUUGUCUCAUCAGAAAGUGCAGUGCAUGGAGAUUUGGACGUUGGUCUGGGUUCCAGUAAGAAAUGAUCAGGAUGAUAAUUGUUUAGAGAGGGCUUGAGGUUGCUCCGUGAAGGGUUGUAAUUUCGCUUAACCUUUCUCGUAAAAUUCAUCCUUUAUGUAUGAGCGGCAUGUACAUGGAAACUUACACGGAAACCCGAGGUUUGUCUUCGUCAUAGCUAGUCCAGUCGUGAUUGAUAGAAACUCAUGCAAUCCUCGGGCGAUCUUUACUCCAAACGAAGGUAAUGGACCUGGUCAAUGUUCGUGUCCAUCAGGACUGAGAAGGAAAGCUCGUGACUACACAUUUGAAACGAUUGUUGCAAAAACAUUCAUGGCUUUUCUGAAGAAUUGUAACAAUAUUACGGGAGAUUGACCUCGAUUGACGAGGAUUGACUUUGAUCGACCUUGUUGACUUUGACUGUUUUUGGAAUUUGUGUAUUCUGGAAAUUGAUCAAGUCACACAACAAAAAUAUUUAUUUAUUAAUUUUUCAGCGUGAGCAGUGCCUGAACCCGUACACAUAGCAAAGAAUUUGCUAUGUUGUGGCGUUUAAGUGCAUCACACGAUGAAUUUAACGAGUCCCCUUGCACAAGACGAAGGUGCUUCAGAAGGUGAGCCUUUGGCAUCAGCAGACGCACUGCAAUCAGGAUCUCUUCCAAAAAUAGUCGGACCUCACCGGAAGACGAUCUGCUCCCUAUUCAGUAAAUCAAAGACCACUAGGAUGGAGCAAGAUGGUGGAAAGCAUCAGAAUGGUUGGAUUCAUUCAUGCUCUCAACGAUCAGUAGAAGAACACCUUCAAGAAACAACGAUUGGAGAUGGCGGCACUCACCUUGUUGAGUUCUCCAAUGCCAUGCGAGCUGUGGAAAAGGCUCUUCGGCAGGUGGCUGCGAGCAAAGGAAGAGCUCAAGAUGAAGCAGCUGAGUGGAAACGAAAGUACGAGAUGGAGCGGCUGCGAGCUGCUUCUUUGGAACAAGAACAACAAGUGCUUGAGCAGGAGUUAGAGCAAUGCCGGUCACCCCCUGAUCCUUGGACUUCUGAUGAACCACUGGAGUUGGAGAAAGCGGACACCGAGAAUGGCGAACGAAGCCCAGUUGGCUCUGCGAAUGGAUGGUUUCCUCUUCAUGUCAAUUCUGAUUGUUGCAAGAGAGAAGGCAUCUGCUCUCAACAGUUACUGCGCAGCCAUAGUAGUUCAUCUGGCAACAUAUCGCUCCUGUCUGAAGUACAACCGGUUGCAGAGAAGGCGUCUUUCAGGCUGGUAUGGGGUUGUGCAGGCAAAGUCUCGCCAAGGCACAAACAUGAUGUUGUGUCCUUUGAGUGUGGAAACAUCUCAACAGCAAGUCGAAGUAGCAAACAGAUAACGUUGGUGUGGGAUUCACCUCCUCAAACAGUUUUAAUUAUCUCAAAACCUAAUUCCCCAACAUGCACUGCACUCUGCAAAGAGAUGAUCAGAUGGCUAAGGGAGGAGAAGGGAGUUGGAGUGUACCUAGAACCUCCUAUGAAGAAGGAGAUUUUGGCCGAAGAUUAUUUUAAUUGCGUUAAAUCUUGUGAAACAGAAGAAGAAGUAUUGCAGCUGCAUACCAAAGUGGAUCUGGUAAUCACGUUGGGUGGUGAUGGGACGGUUCUCUGGGCAGCGAGUAUGUUUAAGGGUCCUGUGCCCCCUGUCGUGUCUUUUUCCAUGGGCUCCCUUGGUUUUAUGACCCCAUUCCAGAGUGAUCGUUAUAAAGAAUGUUUGCAAACUCUGAUAAAAGGCCCUGUAUAUAUUACUCUUCGUCAUCGGCUGCAUUGCCAAAUUUUACGGAACCCUGACAAAGUGAAGGAAGGUGAAGAUCCCUGUGAAUCAGAAGUUCAUCUUGUGUUGAAUGAAGUAGCUAUUCAUCGAGGCAUGUCGUCAAACCUUUCAAACCUAGAAUGCUACUGUGACGGCAACUUCGUUACCAGCGUGCAAGGAGAUGGUCUUAUUCUUUCUACUCCGUCAGGAAGCACUGCUUACUCUUUGGCAGCUGGCGGUUCAAUGGUUCACCCUCAGGUUCCGGGUAUUCUGUUUACACCAAUUUGUCCUCAUUCAUUAUCCUUCAGACCAUUGAUUUUGCCCGAGUAUGUGACCAUCAGAGUCCAGGUGCCACAUGAGAGCAGGGGACAGGCUUGGGUUAGCUUUGAUGGGAAGGACAGGGAGCAGCUAAGUGGAGGGGAUGCUCUGAUAUGUCGCAUGGCUGCAUGGCCUGUUCCGGCUGCUUGUGAGCAAGAAUCCACCACAGACUUCCUUAGAAGUGUUCGGGAAGGGUUGCACUGGAAUCUUCGUAAACGUCAGCUAUCUGACGGACCCAUCUCCACCUAGUUGCUCUGUAAAUUAUUAUCUUCAGCAAUUUAGUGGAAUACUAUUUCAUUGCAAACUCAGAUAGAGGAUUAGAUUAGUACUAGAACGACGUUGUGAUCCAUUUUUGGUGAAUUUCAUGUCGUGUACCAGCUACGCAUGUAUUUUUAUUUUAUUAUUUCUCUUAUUGGGUGUUCCGAUCAGGUUUUCUAUCCA